CUUGAAAUACAUUAGCUGCGGAGAUUGUUAGCGAAUAUGGCGUGAAAUGACGAAGAUGCAGGUUGUAGGAAAGUCGAGCUUUCCUUUGCUGGGAGGCAAAGGAGAGUUACCGUCAACAAGUAGUGAAUUAAUGUCGGCACCAGAAGAAGAGGAUGAUUUCGAUAUUUUAAAUGAUGAAACAUUUGGUGAUGGCGUGGAUGAGCAUUUCGACUGGGAGGAGGAACAUGAACGCAUGGCAGAAGAACUGGAUUCUUUCUCCGAUUCCAGACAAAAUGGCAACAAGACAAAAGAUUCAGGUUUUGACACGGCAGAGAAAAGUUACAGGUCCCAAGAGGAAUAUUUAGAACAGAGUAUAUCCCAACUGGUGGUUGAUGACGAAGAAGAUCUGGAAGAUCCAGCUAUAUUAAAUGCCUCCAGAAAUAGACCCAUACCUCAGAGUCAUAAAGCAAGAUUAGAAGAUUUAUUUGGGCCUUCAUCCCCUCCAGCCUUCCUGGAUACAGAGCACCUUGUAUCACCAUCCAGUAAAGAUAUCUGGAGAUAUUCACGAGCUGAAGAAGCCUUGAAUAAACAGAGAAAUAAUAAACAGUCUAACUAUAAGAUUCCUACCAUCAUUGAGAGAAGAAACAUCAUUCCCCAAUCUCCCAUGAUCCCUCCACAAGCUCACACCCUGGAAGAGAUUGAGAAACGGAUGAUGUCCAAACCUCGAGUUGUUACUGCUGAAGAAUUAGAACGACAGAUGAGGGGUGAGACGACUCCAUCGGCUAAAGCAAGUGCUAUGAUGAUGCAAGGUCAACGAUAUACAACACCUGUACAGAUUCCUCCACAGCCAAUCAUAUCCCCUCUAUCUCAUGCUUCACCCUAUCAUAGACAUGUCCAGGCCCCGCAUGGGUUUAGUCCAAUAACUCAAAUGUAUCCAGACGGACGCAAUUCCCCUUUACAUCAGAUAUUAGCAAGUGGGCGGAUAACUCCGACUGGUAACAUGUCACCAAUACCUCAUAGACAAUCACCAGUUUUUGGCAUGACAUCAAAUUCCCCACUAGGAAGAUCAAUCACUCCUCCACAUCCCUUGAGAAUGUCGCCACUGUCACACUCCCCGCUUCAGAACCAUAUCAUGACUAAUAUUAACCAACAUCAAUCUGUCAUGUUAGCCAAUGCUAUGACUCAGAAUCGGAACUUCAGUAAUACAGGGAAUGUACCUCAGGUUAGAGGUCAAGGACAAUAUGGAAGUCAAAAUGGUCCCAGAGGAAACCAUCCAUACCCUGAUCGCUAUGGUAACCAAUCAAGUCCAGCUAGGCCUUACAAUAAAAAUCAUCAAAGAUUUCAAGGUCCAAGUUAUAAUCGUGACUAUUACUAUAGACCGUCCCAUGAACAGCCCCGUGAUGGACGUUCAACUGAUGAUUUCGCAGGUCUCAUGACACAGAAGGAGAAAGACUGGAUAAUAAAGAUACAGUUGAUGCAGCUGCAAACAGAAAAUCCUUACAUAGAUGAUUACUAUUAUACGAAUUUUACGAUCAAUAAAAAGAAUAAAGAAUUACGUCGUCAACAGGAAGUGAAUGGUGUAACAACAGAAGAACAACAGUUAUUGAUACCUCACUUGGUUAAAAUAGAACAGAAGACAUACUCUCCAGCUCAGUUUGAAGGUUCUUUAGGAAGACUAACAACAGCCAGUGUUCACAAUCCACGACAGAUAAUUAACAUUACAAGACGAGCAUCUAUUGGUGGGGAGGAAGGUCAGAAUGUCAGUAAGGAAUUACGCAAGAUUCGUCAGUUGCUCAUGGAUAUAGAAAAGGGUUAUAAUAUUCUAUUAGAUAUAGAUGAUCUAGAGAAACAGGUACUAGCUUUAACUCCAGAGAGCAGGAAGCCAUUGAAUGAAGCAAGAAAGGAGAAAAUUGUCAAUUUAUUAGAAUAUUUUACACACAGUGAUAACCCAGAUAACUUUCUACAGAUUAUUUCUGUGAGAAAAGGAAGGAAGUUAUUGUCCAGAGUUUUACCUCUCCUUGAUACGAGUCAAACAGAAGUUUUGAUGUCUAUAAUUUUAUCAUACUUACCAAACCUGGCCAAAAAAGAUUCUGAAGAGGGUACAGGGCAGUUAUGUGAAUCAAUAACAAGAGCCAUAGCUACCUGCAAUCUGAAUAUGUUGGUUAAAUUUGCUGGACAGAUACAGAAAGAAUAUCAUGAAGAACAGUCAUUAAAACUUGUCUUUCAGAGUAAGUUGGGCUGUACAUUAUUAUGUUGUAUGCUGAAACAAGGGGAAGUAAUUUAUCAAAAUACAUCACCUGUAGAUAUGGAUAACCAGUUGCAGACCUCAUGGUGUAAUUUUGUGGAAAAGUUUGUAGAGAGUUUAGCCUCAGUCAGUGUGGAAUCCAUUGCUACUCCAAUUUGUCUGCAACCAAAUCUAGCCAAACAUUUAGAUCGCUUUAUCAACAAAAAACUUGUCGCUAGUGUGGAAGAUAAACUCAGCUUAUUCACUACAGGCCAAUCCUAGCCAAUCACAAAGUCUCAUAAAUCUUAUCAACCAAUCAGAGUAUAUGUUGUAUAAAAUACAACUUUGUGUAUACUUCAACUUCAUAUUUAUUAACCCAUUUUGAUACCUUUCUAAAUUCAAGCUGCAGAAUUUUGUUUAUUUCUGCUUCAACACUUCUUGACAGUCAGAUAUAAAUACAAACUGGCUAAAAGAAAUUCUAUUCGCUGACUACCAGGAUACUGUCAUGCCAGUUAGGGAGGUCAGAAAGUAUCGAAAUUUUCCAAGGAUAUAUUGACCAAUCAGAUGUUUAUUUAUACUGCUGAACUUGUGGAUAGCUGUUUUACUCGGUCAUUACAAGAAUGUCUUCUAAAAUAAGUAUUUGCUGGUAUCCUUCCUACCUUUCUUCCUUGGUUAGGGUUAGGAUUAGAUGUACAAAUGACCUCCCCAGCCGACCUGACAGACUCUACUGUAACAUUUCAGGAGGUUAUCAUUACUUUUUAUGAAAUAAUCUACAGAAUUAAUAUAUAUUUAUACUUUUAAUGAUUGCUAUGGAUAUGGAUAUUAAUGUUACAAAUUAGAUUCAGUUAAAUUGAAGAUAAUUGAUCACAGGGCUCUUGUUGAACUCAUAUUUGUCAGAUUAGUGGUGAAAAUUGACUGGAGAAUUUAACUGUUGGCUAACAUGCCAUGAGAUUAGAAUUUAACCUUAAAAAAGAAUUAAUACAUUUAAAAUUUAUACUGUUUAUAUGUAAAUAUAUUAAAUUUGGUAUAAUGCUAAAUAAUUAUCACUUUUUUUUUUAAUUAAUUGACCGGUUAAUAAGAUUUUGAAGUGGAAGCCCUGGAUGAUGGCAAAGUAUAGUCUUGGUUAACACAUUAGGAAAAAUGUACAAAAUGACCUGUUGCUAAUUAUAUAUUAAAUAAGUUCACAACAAUUAUGAUAAUUGUAUCUUUUUUGAAACUAACUCUGCUUGAUAAUCAGACGUAGUUCUUAAACCAUCCGGUCAUAUCUAGACUUGUCAUUUCGCAUUUAAACACUUGCUGGAAAUUAGAAAGUUUAAAAUAUUAACACCUGUUGGAAAGUUAAAAUAUGGUUGUUAUGGACUGUUUUUACUACAGAACCUUUUUGGAUCUCAACCUUCUCCUUUUUUUGUAAAAUCAAAAUCACAAUUUGGCCAGUAUUUAAUUGAUAUUCAUAAUGCUAAAUUUGACGAAAAUGAUUGUAAUUUGCAUUUAUUAAAUGAAUUUAUUUGUUUUUGUAUGCCGGGAAUAUUCCUAAAAUAAAAUUAUGUAUGUGCAACUCCUCGAAGCAAAGAAGUUAGUUUUCACAUUGAAACUGAUUGAGUCUUUCAAAGGCAAGAGUUUUGGGAAUUUUAUCAUAUGCAUGUUUAAAAAAUUCUUUAUUACAGAAACAAUCGACAAUCUGACAGAAGUCCUAGCUUUUGUUGUUGGUUUGUUUGAAUAAAAUAUAAUAGAUAAUUUAUUAAUAAUUGCUUUCUAAUUGUCAUUAUAAUCAUUGCAAAUUUAAUCAUUGAUUAAUACUAAAUAAUAUACAUGUAUCUGCUAAUUAUGUCAUUGUGUUCAGAGGUGGGAAAAGUAAUUAUCACCUACAAUCAGGAUACAAAGCAAGAGUCCUUCAAAUAGUUUGUCAAAGUUUCAAAAUUCACAAUCAUACAAAGAGCAAUGGUUGAGUUUUGUAGUAAAAAUAGGGGAAACAUUGACCUAGGAGGAAAAUCUUAUCGGGAUGGUUAAAAACUGUCAUUGGUUACAUAAAUGAAUAUAUACCAACCAGCAGUAGCGGAUUAUCAGUGAGGCUGAUGAGGCUGCAGCCUCAGGCCCAAAGAUUUUGUAAAAAAAAAUAUUUUAGACUUGUCUGAUACGAUUAAAAACGCAUAGACAAUGAAUGUUAGGGGGGUGAGGUUUAGGCCCAACGGGAAUCAACAUAGGCCCUGACCCGAAAUUAAUUAGGCCCAUGCCAUUUUAAAUAGGCCCUAUUGUUUGGAGAUCUGAUCUUAUUUUUUAAACGUAGGCCUACAAUGUCUUGCUUAAUAUAUCUAGCAAAAGAUCUUGCGCUAGUUUUGAUGUAAACACCCCAUCAUGAGGAAAUAUUAUCCUUGAAAAUAGGUGUAUGUACAGUUGGUUUCCGGUGACGUUUCUGCUGUCAAAGCAUUUUGUACGACAAAUUUCAAUAGUUAUAACUAAUAUUUUAAUAAUAUUAUAACCUCAGUAAAGAAUCCCGUUUUUAAUGUUAGCAACUACCUUGGCUCUAACUUUAAAAACUAAAUAGGCCCUCCAGCAACUGCCACCUCAGGCCUUGGUGGAGCUUAAUCCGCCACUGCCAACCAGGAUAUAUUUGUCUCAGACUUUUCACUAGAUAUCUAAUAAUAUUAUCCUGUAAUCAAAUGGGUUUGAAACAAGAAAUUAUAAUCGUAGCCGUGACAUACAUAGUAAUGUUUAACAACCGUUAUUGGUAUGUACCUGGAUGGUUACACUUUAAGACUAUUGGGCUAUUUAUUAAUUUAAAACUGUAUGGUUAAUAAUAACAAUGUUUGAAUGGCUAUAAAAGUUGUCUUAAGCUUUAGAAUUGACUUAAACAUGAAUGGAAAACUUAAUUAUUAUGAGUACUUAUAUUUGUACAUUUGAUUUCUGUUAUUUUCAUGUAUGGUUUUUUUUUAAGACCAGUUUCAUCAGCAGGUUUGAAGUAUUACUCUCUUAAAAUAAGUUUAAUAAUCUCUGAUUCUGUUUGUAUUAAGAAUAUCAAUUUCACUGCCCAUUUAGAAUUGAUCUUGUUUAAGAAUUUUAUAUAACACCAAUUCACCUCUUUUGCACAUUAUGUAUGACUAAACGGUUGUAUUAAAAUAUUUUAGUACAUGUGGCAAAAUGUCCAGUUAGGAAGGUGUUUCACAAAAAUGACUCUUUGUGUCUGAAUUGAGAAAAAGGCCGGCAGCCCAAGAGUAAAGCAAUAGCUUAUAUAGAGGCUUUUCGGUGCCCCAAUAACAGCAUUAACCUAUAUAAUUUGAUAACUUUAAAGAGAUGAAGUAAUAGUGAAAUUGGAUACAAAAGAAUAUAAGAGGGUAUGUAAUAAAACUAAAAAGCUGAAUUAAUACUAGAAUUGGAAUAUAUUUAUACAAUAUUGUUAAUAGAAUAUGAGACUAAUUGAUUUAAUGGUAUAGUAAUUAAAGGAUAUUUUUUUGUCUUGAUCAACAAGUGCUUUUUGUGUAGACUAGAUUGUCAUUGUAUAUAGUUUAUGUAAUGAUGUUAUGUUAUUUAGUGGGGCGACAUUUGUUAUGCCCAGAUGGAAAAUUUUCUAUCUUAAAACACAAAAUAUUGUCGGCAGUCUUGUCUUUGUAUCUGAUCGACAUUUCAGUAAAUAAAUCGACAGAAACUUUAUAAUCUUUAAA